AUGGAUAUGUACACAAGCUCUGUUUUCGAUCUCACUAAAGCAUGCCAGGCCAAGUUCAACGAGUGCACAAGCUACUCCUGCCUUCAAGAGCACGAAUUUAACCUUUGGGUGACUGCAGUUGGCGCGACGACGGACCUCGAUACUCGAUUCCAGUCGCAGCCAGACAGACUUACCGGGCUGAAAGGGAUGCUUAUGAUGAUGAAUAACUCGCUUGGGAAGUGCAUGCAUGGCGCAAAAAGCAGAUCGCUCGUUGGUGAAGGCAUCAAGGCUGUGGAAUCUAGCUUUGAGAGUCUCAUGUUGUUAACGGCGCCCCUCAGCAGGGGUUCGCGGAUUGAACAAGCUGGUCGAUUAUUCGAGGAAGAAGGCCAGGCAGAGCACGAGUCAUUUUUGCGGUCCUUCUUUCCGCGCGGGUCGUAUGAUAAUGAGGAGUCCACCGAGCUAAACAGCACGUCAAUGGAGGAACAUGAGGGACAGCAGGCUGGUGGGUUAUCGACCGUCCAAUCCCGUCUUUUGGAGAUAGGCCUGCGACGGAAAAGUCGCUUUCUGCAGCAACAUUCGCGGGGAUGGGAAGAAAGCAGGCCGCUUCCUCAAGGGGCCAUGGCGGCUGUGCCUUGCUAUCCCAAACCCCCAAAGAUCGAAGCGGGAUUGACAACAUUCAAGUGUCCUUACUGUCGCGAAACAUUGCCUGUAGAAGUUGCGACAAAUGCGACGAAAUGGAAAGAACAUGUAACAGAAGAUCUUCGACCGUACGUCUGCCUUCACGAAGACUGCAAAACGCCAUUUGUGACCUACGCUAGCCAGUACGACUGGAAAACUCAUCUCGAGAGGGAUCAUGCAGCCCGGCACAUGUGCCCUAUGUGCCAGGACUGUGGUACCGUGUAUACAAAGAUGACACCCUUGUUGGACCAUCUCCGAUUUGACCACGGAGUUACAUGCGCAAACCUGAUAGACGGGAUAUUCCAAUAUUCCAAAGUCAAGACUAUUGGAGUGCGUCAAUGCCCGCUUUGCCAUGUUAGUGGGAAUGAAUGGGAUGCUCGGUUCACUGAUCACGUCUUUGACUGUAUGCACACUUUUGCUCUGCGUUCUCUUCUGUGGGCGGAUUAG